ACUGGGAGCACGCAUGCGCAUAGGAAGGUCCGCCUUCAUCCCGGAACUUCGGUUCCUGGUGCUGCGGGGCCCCGGGCCCCGGGAGUGUGCUCAGCCGGAAGUGGCUUCCGGGAGUGUGCAACUGGGAUUGGCGUGCAGAGCUUAUCACGGCGGUUAACGAGUCGUAGGAAAUCAGGAUGGAGGCCGUGGCAACCGCGGCAGCGGCGAUGGAACCCGGUGAAGGCUGCAGGGAGCCCAGUCCUGGGCACUGGGGGGAGCUGAGCUGGACGCCAAUCCCAUCCAGACCCCAGGACAAGGCAGAAGCAGCAGAGGGAGUGCCAAGGGCCCUGGACACUGACUCCCCGGAUGUCGAGAAUGCAGCAGUGAGUGCCAUGCUGCACGCCGUGGCUGCCAGCCGCCUGCCCGUGUGCAGCCAGCAGCAGGGCGAGCCCGACCUGACCGAGCAGGAGAAGGUGGCCAUCCUGGGCCAGCUGUACCAUGAGAAGCCGCUGGUGUUCCUGGAACGCUUCCGCACGGGCCUCCGGGAGGAGCACCUAGCCUGCUUCGGCCACUUGCGUGGUGACCACCGUGCAGACUUCUACUGUGCCGAGGUGGCCCGGCAAGGCGCUGCCCGGCCCCGCACCCUGCGCACCCGCCUGCGUAACCGCCGCUACGCUGCCCUGCGUGAGCUCAUCCAAGGAGGCGAGUAUUUCAGUGACGAGCAGAUGCGGUUUCGGGCCCCGCUGCUCUACGAGCAGUACAUCGGGCAGUACCUGACCCAAGAGGAGCUCAGCGCCCGCGGCCCAGCCCGCCAGCCGCCCAAGCCUGGCCCCGCCGGCACACCUGCCUGCCCACUCUCCGACCUGCUGCUCCAGUCCUACCAGGAGCGGGAGCUGCAGCAGCGGCUGCUCCAGCAGCAGGAGGAGGAGGAGGCCUGCUUGGAAGAGGAGGAAGAGGAGGAGGACAGUGACGAGGAAGACCAGAGGCCCGGCAAAGACUCAGAGGCCUGGGUCCCCGACUCAGAAGAGAGGCUGAUCCUGCGGGAAGAGUUCACCAGCCGGAUGCACCAGCGCUUCCUGGACGGCAAGGAUGGGGACUUCGACUACAGCACCGUGGAUGACAACCCUGACUUCGACAACCUGGACAUCGUGGCCCGGGAUGAGGAGGAGAGGUACUUCGAUGAGGAGGAGCCCGAGGACGCGCCCAGCCCAGAGCUGGACGGGGACUGACAGACCCUGCCCCCCGCCGACAAGGCCACUGAUUUCAGGCCUGCCCUGCGACUUUCUCUAGGCCAGAGAAGGGUGGCCGCCCCACACCACGAGCCUCGCUGGGUCUGGUCCCAUCUCGGGUCUUGGCAGCCCCCUCCCCACGAUGCCUGGCCUUCCCUUCUCUCCCCCCACCUCAGUUUCCUUCUCCGCUGAACCUGCCCCUCUCUAUCCUCCUCCCUCCCUCUCUUUCUCGCUCUCUCUCCCCCCACCCUUCCUCUCUGCCUUUCUCCCCAUCUCUGUGCCUUGGCCUCUGUCCCCACAGCAGGCCCCCAUCAGUAUCCUCCUCUUGCCCAAGGCCAGUGGGGCCCUUUGUGGCUGGAGCCGGCCAGGUCGGCCCAGAGCGGCCCUCUGCCUCUGCCUCCCAGUCCUGACUCUGCUCUUCCUCCACCUCUGAGCCUUGCCUGUGAAGUUCCUUCAGCCUCACUCUCUGGGCCUGUGGCACCGCCUGCCCGUAUCUUUCCAUCUCUGCCAGCCUCCAGGCUGGCUCUGUCCCUCUCUGUCUCUCAGCCUUUAUCUCUGGGUUUCGCUGUCUUUCCCCCACCUCCCCUCCGCAGGCCUGAGCAUCCCCCAUCCUGGCUGCUGUGGCCAACAGAACUGUGACAGCUGAGUGAUCCAGCCUGGCCGUGGGCAGCGGGAAGACCCUGGGGGUGGCCACCAGCUCUCACCUCUCCCUGGAGACCCAGGUUUGGGAGAGGUGGGCGGGGCUGACACGGGUCAUGGGCGGGCCAGGCUGGGCAUGGAGGGAGGGAGACUCCCUCCCAGCCUCACUAGCCCCCCUCUGCCCAGCCACAAUUUUCCCUUCCUUCACUUCCUCCACCUCCCUCUCCUCUCCUGUUUACACUCCCCAAAUACGCACAGGCUGUUAUCAUGGGUCCUGAGUCAUCCACACAGCCUGCCCCGGCCUCCCUGCCCCCAGCACCGCAGAGCCGCCCCAGAGCCCCCUGCUGCCCCAGGCUAAUAGGAGCCAGAUGGCCGCCUGGUGACUCAGCCACUGGCCUGUGGGAACCCAGGCGUCCUGCCUUCCCAUGCCCCCCACCCCCAGCUCCUGCUCCCCCAGUGGACACACACCGAAGGGCAGCUGCUAGCAGGGGAGGACACGGGCCAUGGUCGGAGAGGUGGGGCCUGGGGACCCCUUACUCCUUUGAGCCAGAGUAGUGGCAUCCUGCCAUGGCCAAGCCCAAGGGACCCUCAGAACCGCCUCCACCAGCUUGCAGCCCAGAGAGGGGAAUACCCCAAGGACUCCUGGGGCCACAGCCCUUGACCCCUGGGGCCUUGGCUCUGCCCUGUGGGUCAAAUGGAAUUAGAGCCAAACGUAAAAAGUCAGCUGGAUGGAGGCUGAAGGGUCUUCAGACAGAGAGACUGUUAAGUAAGGUUGCUGAGGGGUUGUGUCCGAUGCCAGGCCCCAGUGAGGUGCCACUCCAUAGGUGGGUCAUGGGAGGCCCAGAAAGGGGAUGUCACGUACUAAAGGUCAUCAGAGAUGGAAACCCAGGUGUAGAAUCCCAAGCCCCAGAGACCACCCUACUGCCCUGCCUGUCUGCUACCAGGGCCACACGAGCCGACAGACACACAGACGUCCUCAGGUGGGAGAACCGAAGGAGAAUUAGCCACUGAGGAGGCUAACAACAGCCAACACCUUUGGGGGCCUCAGUGUUGAGGCCCUUGCCGGUGUGCUAUCCGCAUAGAUAGUGCGUCUCCCACAGGAGGCUCGAGGCAGCCCCGCCAGCUAGGCUCCAGGUUGACAGAGAUGUCUGUCCCUCAGGUGCUCCUGUUUAUGCCCUCAGGUGAGAGCCAGCCCUGGGUGAGGUGCACGUUUUUCACCAGUCUGUCAUUUGAUCAUUAAAUCUGUUUGUGAUAUA